UCUUAUUUCCCCCUUUUAUUUACAGUUUGAGUAAUGACCUACAGCUGUCGGAUGAAGAAAGUGACAAUGAGGAGACGCAAGAAACCAACAACAGGAGUUUGAAUUCCUCGAGCGAAGCUUGUGAGGAAACUUCUACACGUAGCUCUCAAAGACCAUCAUCUGAGAUGAAGCGGUCAGACAUCGAGAGCUCCGGCAGCGAGUCGGACGCGGAGAACACGUCGGAGAGCGAGAGUGAGAGCGAAGAGAGUGAUAUUGAUGAGACUCCACCUCCAUCUCCUCCUCCUCCUAAGAAGAAGUCAUACAGCUUGAUGAACCAGAUCCGGAAGGUGCAGAAAGAGAUGCCCCAGAUGGCACCAAGUACUCCUCCAAUCCGUGGACCACCCAGCGUAGAGAACCCACUCUCCAAUUCCAGGCUAGAUCCAAACGAAGGGUCCAAGCACCCAGAACAGAGCGCAGAAAGCGGGGACGACAACGAUAACUUCAGUAAAUAUAACAACAGCCAGCCUCCCACCUUCACAGAUUUCCAUCAACUCUCAGAAAGCUCGCACGAAUCCAAAGCAUCUCCAAGCUCUGUCAAAUCAAAAGGAGGUAGCAAAUCAUCGACGAAGCCGUUGGGCAGUAGUAAACCGACUGUAAAGCGCCCUCAGUCACGGACAGACAACUCAAGUAGCUCCAAAGCGAGCAGUGCGAAAGACACUAGCAGUUCACCCAGAGUUAAACCUGAAUCAAAUUCUAAAGAGAGCACCAAGGCUAAGAGUAGUAAACAGUCCAGUAAAAGUGCUAGUAGUGGUCAGAACAAAAAGUCCCCUGGACCUGGGGCUGGAGCAAAGUCCAGCAGCAAAUCCCAGGAGAAGAAACCUGGACAGAGGGCCAAGACAAGCGAGAAGAAGAAAAAUAUCAAGCCAAUUAUCAAGUCAAAUCAAUUUGUUUCGGACUCUGAUUCCGAGGAUGAAAGGACUCCAUUGCGGCCGUCGUCCAAGGCGGCCAUCAACACUAGCACGAGUAGUAGCGGGAGCAGUAGCUCCAGUAACUUGGACACCAGUUACCCUGUCAGGCAAACCAAGGUUGAACCAGACAGCGGCAAGCGCAUGCCAGGUGUAAAAAAGGGCGAUAAUAAAUAUAUUGUGAAACCAGAGCCCCUGGAUACCUAUGAACAUCGGAGACCACCUUUUGAUGACUUUGCUCACAUGGACCCUAUUGUUUCCCCGAUAAGGGCAGACUUCAUUGAUGAGCAGUCGCGUCCUCUUGACCGCCAUCCGGAAAUCAAGUUUGACAAGGAUGGCAAACCGUCGGUGUUUGUCAGGUUAAAGCGGGAGCUCUUUGAUCACUUGCCAAAGUCUAGUGUGAUCAAGUUUGAACAAAACGUUCCUGGAACUUCAACUCAGAAGCGGAAAGACUCCAACGACCCGCCUGAAAAACCCUCCGCAAUCGUAAAGCCUGUCAAAAGGAAACAAACUGAACUUGAAAAGGAGAAAUCUGGGAGGCCGGAGAACAAAAGAUCAAGAAUAGAGAACAAGUCACCGAGGAGGAUGAGAGAAGAAGCUCUGAGGGGUGUGAGGGACGAGCCCACCGAGGCCCUAGAGCCGUUUGUAUCGAGUGAGAGUUCACUAGACAGGCGGCAGUCUUCAGACAGGAGAGGGAGUGUGUCAAGUAUGACCAGUCAACAAUCCUCACACAGUAGCAGGAGAACCAAGAACGAUUGCGACCCCCACCAUCCAUCCAGCCGCUCCAAGCGGGACAGCAGCCGCAGCCGAGACUUUGCCAGCCAGCGCCUCCACGACUGGACCAGCCCCGAGCGCCAUGCUGAUAGGUCAGUGGAAAUGCCGCACAAUGUGGCCCUCGGAGGGGGCGAGGCCGACCCAGCCGCCUCCUCACACCGCAACGGCGGCCUCUCCCACUCUCAUUCUCACUCUCUCCCUCCCCACGCCCACCAUUCCACCGCUUCUCACCCCCAUAGGGGUGUGGAAGGGGAGGACUGGAGGGUGUUCCCUCCUGCAGAGAGCUACCAAGGUUAUGGUGAGGAGGCGCAAUCCAGGCACAGACUAGAGUUGGACGAAAGACAAUUCACAGCAGACGACUACCUAGCUGAGGGCAAGAAACUCAAACACUUAGCUGAUACUCAGGUGGACAAGCACGCCAAGGCACUUACUUACUUUGAAGCUGUGGUAUAUCUCACAUCCUGUGGCAAUGUCUUUGAGUUGGACCCGCUCGUACCGGAUGACAAAGCUGUCACCAUGUAUUCAGAUACUUGUGAAAUUAUCAGAUAUAUUCUAAAGCUUAAAGGUAUUCACAAUGGCCAGGAGGGGAAUAGCAAUGAUAACAAACUAGCCGUGUUGUGCUACCGUUGCCAAGCGUUGCUCAACAUGCACAUGUUCAAGCUGAAGCGACAAUCAGCGAUGAAUCUAUCGAGGGCGCUAACUGAGCAUCUCAAGGGCACAUCAUCCAAACCUCAACCUCCGUUACAGCAGAAUCCAUCUUCAUGGAACUCGUCUUCAAGGUACACAGGCACCCCGUCCCCCGUCUCUCCCACCCCUUCCGCAGCGGGCAGCGUGGGCUCGGCCUGCAGCAUGGGUUCGCAGGGGAGCACGUCCAGCGAUCUGGUCCCCUCCCAGACUUCAGGGGGCGGCCCAGCCCCUCCCUCCGGCCCCGGGGCCAAACUGUGCAAUGGGCUGAACCCGCAGUCUUCGACGGUAGCCAUGCCGCAACACAUCGUCCGUAUCAUGUCCCAGUUCCUCACCUAUUCCAACUACAGUCUCUACAGCAUACAAUACUGGGAGCAGGCUGAUAUACUCACAGAAGAGAACAAAGAUUUCUUCCGGGAUUUGGCGCGAGAGUGCGGGGAGCUUACACUUCACAGCAGUACUCGGGACUUGGUCCACUACGUCCGUAGAGGGCUAACUAACCUCAGACGCUUGUGAGACAGACGCCGCACCAGACUCACGGUGUUAAACACUGGUGUUAAAUAAAAGAGCUAUCCAAGCAAGCCAUGCUAUGGAGCUGGUGUAUUUAAAAUGGACAUGGUAACACCAUACUUCAGUGCCAAUGCCACGAGCACUCUCUUAUAUGCCAUAGAAUGGACAUCGCGCUACCAAAUAUAUUAAGUAAAUGAGUGCUAUCGUCAAGAAAAAACCUGUCACCACUGUACACAGUUUCAAGAAAUAUCAUUGUAGUCGGCAGCAGGGGAUCAAUCGGUCAUGAGAAACCCAAGUCUCAACUGAGCUACAGAGUAUUGUGCUAAAGUAACACCGAGUACCUUCUACAGAUGAACAAAGAAGUCGGUGCUAGUUUCAAUCUGAAGAAGAAUCCUACAGUCCUGUACUUACUGAUGCAUUAUUAAUUCUCAUCAAUUGAGCUCUGUGGAUGAAAACUAAUCUGUGAUGGACAGCAAAAGCAUGCAGCUCAAUUUUUCAUGAUGAAGAAAUUUUUUUCUUUCUUCAAACCAGUUACAAAAUUGCCUUCAUUCCAGCCUUGAUGGAAAAUUAUAUUAAUCAUGGUUGCAGAAAUGGGCUUUUAUGAUUAUGGGGAAAUAGAAGAAUGGUUGUUAGUCCAAAUACUAAAAAUCAUUGCAGGUUAAAGAAGUUAUUUUUAAAUCUCAAACCACAGAUGAGCAGUAAAGUAAAAAUAGAUAUUUGAUAUUGAUUAAAAAAAACCCUGGGGAAUAUGUGUUUUUGUACACAGUGUUGAUAAUGUAUAUGCUAAUGACAGAUCUUUUUUCUUCAUUUCAAGCAAUGAAAUCUUUCGUGUUCAGAGAUCAAAAUAAUGUUUCAUACAAGGCAAAAACAGCUGAAUUAUAAUACGAAAUUGGAGUUAAUCACCUUUUUUUUCCACCUUAUAUAUCAUGGAUGAUUAUGCCUUGGAAACUCGACAAAAUUAUGAAUUCAAUUCUUCCAAAUGACCAUUCUAAAUAAUCCUAAGAGGAUUGUGAGGUCUUAAAAUGAUUGCAUAAAAUGAAAUGAAGUAGAUCCUAUUAGGAAUUUACAGAAAUAAAGGGAAACAUUUUUUAGGAUAUAUUUUUAUAUAUGACUGGUUUGGAAUAACAAGUUUUGACAUAUACAGUUUCCCUCUUAAUAUGAAGCAGAAAAGAAAUAUUGACGAAGAAGAGCUGUUCUGGAUUUUUUUUUCGCCAGUUUUGAAUAUAAGUAGGACUUCUACUGCACAAACAUGUUUACCAUUUAUUUUUCUAAUUUACCUUUUCUUAGAAUCUUUAUUGAAAUAUAUUUUCUGAAUUUGCUCUAAAAACAAUGGAAUAAUCGUUAGAAUUUUCAAUUUAAAUUGUUUUUGAAAUUGUUAUUACUCCACAAUUCAAUUAUUUUGAAACCUGGUCUUGUUUACUCAAAUCCACAGGAAUUUUUAGUUUCCAAAACAUUAUUUUUGUACUUGUUUUUAUGACGGAAAGCUAAAAGUUUUCAGUGAUGAAAGAAGCCAUGUCAAAACAUUGUAUUUUGUGUUCCGACAGCUAUUAAGAGUUCAUUGCUUCGUCCCAAGUCAAGAAGCGAAUGGCAUUAUUGUUUUUCUGAAUGUAAAUCUCGAAGAGACUGUUGAUUCAAGGGCCCAAAUGCCAUCAUAUCAAGCCAUUUUAUCCUUUGAUAAUUGGAUUUUAUCCUUUGAUAAUUGGAAGAAGAAAAAAGAAACUAACAUGUUCAUGAAGUGAACUAGGGCUUCCAGCCACAAUUUAUCAAUUAUUACUUCUGGAAUCAUCUUAAUAUUUCUCUCCCUCUUUUAAAUGAAAUAUUGCCAUUUCUUUAGAAGACUUACUGGAACAUGGUGUUUUAAUAUUUGCUGCCAUUACACUUAUUUGGUCAUGGUACAUCUAGCCAUACACAUGGGUUUCUCAUACAUAUUCCAAAAGAAACUAGAUGGUUGCAUAUUUCAUAAAAUUUGCAUUGUUGAACCAACUGCCUAAUUGUUUUCAAAAUUGACAUUAUAGGUGAGAGUUUGAGACCGCUGUAGGCUGCUACUUAAAAUUGUGUCGAUGCUCAAAUUCCGUAGAUGAGCCAAAGUUAUCCCUAAUCGUCUACAAACCAAUGAACUGAUCAAUGUGUGGUACAGACUGUGUCAUAGAAUCUGCCAAGAUAAUCAAGUCAACUCGAGGAAAGUGAGGAGGAGAAAAUGAUCUCGUGAUUAGACAAAUCGCUGCAAAAUAUUCCGAGUGUCUCAACUCGCAAAAUCAUAAAACAUGACAUAGUCAUGCCAGUGUAUAUUUAUAUUGUGAAUGUCGUACAUCGAGUGUGUAGAAAAGAUCAUUGUCACAAAAGAGAACAGAGUACGCUUUGUAAAUGUAGAGAUAUUACAAAAAAAAUCGCUUGUACAAUUUUACUGUUGCUAUUAUUGAAUAAUGAAUGAAUGAGUAUCUAAUGCGCCACUGCUCUCUCAAUAUUGUACAUAUUUAUUCCACAUUUUUUUUAGAGAGAGGAAUGGAGGGCAAGUAGUCGUGUGACGGACGGACAGACUAUUGCUUCCACAUUGUGCUACGUACAUACGUGUAACUACUGUAUUUAUUGCUGUACAUGGGUUGUUAAUGUCGUCUUUAAAAUUGUGAUCAGUUCUGUACGAUUCUUUCUUUUCUUUUUAAGCUAUACAGAUUUUUAUAGAGCAGUAUUUCUGAGGUUGCAUUUCUUUUUCCACCUUUUUCAUUUCUUGUUUUUUUAGACGCUGGCUGGUUGAUGUAUACAGUACAGGGUUGAUGUGUACCUCUCUAUAGUGUCUCUAU